CAACAAGGUUCGAAUAACUUUGACGACGAUUACCAAGGGGAGUACCGUGGCGACGCUCCUUUUCAAGUACCUCCGCGGGAAAAUCCAUAUCCACGUCAAGGAUCUUCGGAGCAGUAUGAAUCUGAAGACAGCUACGGGCGACCUGAUUACAACGAACGGGAGGGUUUUUCCCGUGAAUUUAUCAAUGAGCAACCACCACGAUACGGUGACCGCCAGCAACAAGAACCGAUCAAUCGAGAAUGGAACAAUAAAGAUAAUGAAAGGCAAUCUCCUCGUCAGUAA